AUGACUAAUCUUCCUACCGAUCCUGGGUUGCGACCACCAAUUUCCAAUUACCACCCAAAUAUUCAAGAUGAAAUUCGUAGACAUUAUCUACAGCAAGGGCCUUGUCAAUCAAGAAGUCAUGAAUUUCCUAAGAAAUUCUAUGGAGCAAAGGAAUGUCGAUUCAACAUUGCAUGGUUUGAUCAAUUUUCUACUUGGUUGGAAUAUAACAUAAGUAAGAAUUCUUCAUUUUGUCUGUGUUGCUAUCUUUUUAAAUCAAGCAUUGGAAAACAAGCUGGUGGCAACACAUUUGUUAGUAAGGAUUUUUCAAAUUGGAUGAAAAUGAGCCUACUCGAAGCCCAUGUUGGAAAUCACAAUAGUAGUCAUUACAAGUGUUACAAAAAAUGUGAAGCUUUAAUGGAUGGAAAACAACAAAUUGAACACAUUUUUUUAAAGAAGAACAUCAAAGAUCGAAUAAGUUAUCGUGUUCGAUUAAUUGCUUCAAAUGAUUGUAUUUGCUUUCUUGUACGACAAGGUCUUGCAUUUCGUGGUCAUGACGAGUCCCAAGAGUCUAAUAAUCAAGGUAACUUUCUCGAACUUCUAGCAUUUCUUGCUAAUCAUAACGAGGAAGUUAGAGUUGUUGCUUUAAAAAAUGCUCAUGAGAAUCUUAAACUAACUUCGCCAAAGAUUCAGAAGGACAUUGUAAACGCUUGUGCUAUGGAAACAAUUAAUGUUAUUAUUAGAGAUAUAGGAGAUGUUGUUUUUUCUAUUUUAGUUGAUGAAUCUCGUGAUGUAUCCAUAAAGGAACAAAUGGUCGUAAUGUUUCGUUAUGUGGACAAGAGAGGGUGUGUGAUUGAGCGAUUCAUCGGUAUUGAACAUGUUCCUAAUACCACUACGAUCUCACUUAAGAUAGCAAUUGAUAAGUUGUUUUCAAAGCAUGGAUUGAGCAUAUCCAAAUUACGAGGUCAAUGGUAUGAUGGAGCUAGUAACAUGAGUGGAGAGUUUAAUGGUUUGAAAAGUAUUAUCAUGAUGGAGAAUGGAUGUGCUUUUUUUGUCCAUUGUUUUGCUCAUCAACUACAAUUUGCACUCCUGGAUGUGGCAAAGAAACAUGAUUUAAUAGGUACUUUUUUCACCGUAGUGUCUAAUGUGGUGAAUAUUGUUGGAGCCUCAUCUAAGCAUCGUGACAUUCUCCGGGAAAAACAAGCUCUCAAAGUCAUCGAAGCCUCAAAAGGUGGAGAACUUUUGAGUGGAAGAUGCCAAAAUCAAGAAAGUGGAAUUAAGCGUCCAUGUGAUACACGUUGGGGAUCACACUUUGGUACUUUGGUAAGCUUUACUAUCAUGUUUUCGUCUAUUAUUGAUGUGCUUGAGGAAAUUACAAAUGAUAGAUUGAAUAGUGAGCAAAAAUAUGAAGCAUCUAUUGUGUUACAAAUGGUGCAAACAUAUGAUUUUGUCUUUAACUUGAAUUUGGUGAAGAAUAUUCUUGGGAUCAUAAAUGAGUUGUCACAAGUCUUACAAAAAGGGAAAGUUAAUCCGUCCCUUGCUCAACUUUAUCCAUAUGAUUUUUCUACAAUGGAUAUAAAGGUACUAGAAUAUCAACUUCAAACCUAUGUUGAUGAUAUGCGUUCUCAUGUCAAGUUUUCAGCUUUGAAAGGGAUGGUUGAUCUUUCUAAGAAACUAGUUGAGACAAAAAAGGAUAAGGUAUAUCCAUUGGUUUAUUUGCUUAUUAAAUUGGCAUUAACGCUUCUAGUUGCAACAUCUUCGGUAAAAAGAGCAUUCUCUGCAAUGAACAUUGUGAAGAAUCAAAUGCGCAACAAAAUAGGAGAUCAAUGGUUGAAUGAUAGCCUCAUUGUGUAUCUUGAGAAUGAUGUAUUCAAUGCUAUUGAUAAUGAGCCUAUUAUUCAUCGUUUUCAAACACAUGAAAUCCCGUCGAGGACAACUUUAAAUGUACGAGCUGAAAAAUUGAUUCAUUAUGCUAAAAUUUCAAGACAAUGUGUACUAUUUUUAAGUAAUGCUUGA